AUGGCUUCGAUCGGACAUGCAGAACACAACUGGUCUCCAAACUACCGCCGGCACAUGGAUGAGAAUCAUUUGAAUGGCGUAACCAACGAAGACAUGGCGAUCAAUCUACUGCAAACCCAGCUGGAACUGUCUCUUAUACAGGAGGACUUCCAAGACCAGUUGCGUGAGCUCCGUCGGAUAGUUGAUCAAGACUUGGAUGCCAUGAACCGUGAGGUCGAUGACGUUCGUGCUGGAGCAUAUGUGAAAAUGGUCUUCAAGGACAACAAACGUAAGAAGCUGAUGUAUUGUGUUGGGAUUGUUAGUGUUGUUUCUGCGUCUGUGGUGACGUAUUUGGUGUUUAAAUUUGGUGGUGGUGUUACCUGGGCUGCUGAUGAUCAUCGUUUUUUGAUGAAGUUUUUUGUGUAUGAUCUCUGUAAUAGGUUAUGGAAUAGCAGAAAGUGA